CCCCAAUUCCCCAAUUCCAAAAUUCCAAACCUCCAAAGUCAAAAAUUAAAAAAUUAAUCUUUCCAAAUGUAAAAUCUUCAAGUCAUUGCCUUUAUCUCAACGAUCAAGGAUUCUUGGAGUAAACAGUGUUAAUUCUAGGUAAAUAGUAUCAAAUAAGUGUAGAUUGAAAGUCGUGAUAGUGAGUCAUUGGGAAAUCUCUUCUUGCUACAUUUUUUAAGCGAGGAAACAAGUUGCAAAUAGAGCAUCGUAUUUAUCGUAACGAAACAAUCUUUUCUACUGAAUUGCAAGUACUUAAACCAUUCAUUGAAUUUUAAUACCAAAUUCAAAUAAUAAACCAUGAUCGUAAAUUUGAAAUAAAACUGCAAAUUCAUUCUGCUACAUAUGCGUAAUGGAAAGAACAGUUGUUUGUAGCGAGAGAAAAUUCUAAAGCAAACUUCACGGAUUACAUUUGUAGAAAUGUAGUAGAAAAUCGUUUGGUGUAAUCAUGAGAAUAAAUUAAUGUUUGAAAUUAAAAGAUCACAUCCAUAAAUGGAUAUUAAAAAUUCCAGUUAGUCUGGAUAAUUGAUUUUGUGAAAUUUACGUGUUUUCGAAUAUAUCAAAAUGUCUGCUGGCACGGAAUUAUUAACCACAGCAGAACCACAUCUUCUUCCAGGAUACGAUGGAUAUUGUCCUCAAUACCGGUACAGAUGUGGCGAAACAUAUGGAAGUCUCACGCACAAGUUGCUUCUUGAUCCCACAGUAAAUCAUGCGGAAACGCUCGUAUUAUCAAACCGAGUUACCGAUGACUACGAAGUUCAAAGACCGCCAAAGAAUGACAUAGAUAUAGUAAAUGCUCGAUACAAAAGGACUGAUCCUAUUUACAAACAUCCAUUAUUACCUGGCUACGAAGGUUUUACACCUAGGCUGAAUGCCAGUCUCGGACAGAGGUACACGGUAGUUGCUACUGAGGGCCUGGCUGAAUUUGAGCGACAUCAGUUACAAAACAAAGCUGCACUCAAUGAACUCAAAAGAGCUAUAGACAUUCAGGGUGGAUAUGGCGAACCACGAAAUAUGGAAGAUCGUUUACUUAUCAAGAGUCAAUUUAAAUUGCCAAUGCUGUCGGUGCGGCCAGAUUGCGUGGGUGUAAUGAGGAAUUUAUUUUUGGACGAGCAGUAUGAAAAACCCAGAGACCACGCCCCUUCACCGUACUUUAUGGAUAAUGCAAAUCCGAAGAAGUAUUUUAUCAGCAGAUAUGCGGGUCAUAUACCGUAUGGACAUUCGCAUUUUGGAGCAUCGAACGUUCCUGCUACCAACAGCGCUCUUUGCGAAUUUUCAUCCAAUUAUCGAAAACGACAGAGCACUGAAUGGGCACCCGUAACAAUUACACGACCUGAUCCGCCACUUCUGAUUCAACCAACGACACUUUACCACAAGCACGUUGGAAUGCUUCCAAAUUACCUUGGUCAUGUCCCUGGCGAAACGUUUAGGUUCGGUAAAACCUUCGGAGCUGACACUAAAGAUGCAAAACGGUGGCUUCGUGGAGAUUUCUCUGCAUAA